UCUGUCACAAUUUGGAUAUUUGCCACCAGCAAACCCAGCGAGUGGUGGAAUCAUUUCCGAAGACACGAUGUUCAAGGCCAUUUCUGAAUUUCAAUCGUUUGCUGGAUUGAACAUCACAGGAUUUUUGGAUGAUGAAACUGUACAGAUCAUGUCUUUGCCGAGAUGUGGAGUUAAAGAUAAAGUAGGACCAAGUUCUGACGGCAGAUCAAAAAGAUAUGCCCUUCAAGGUUCCAGAUGGCGAGUAAAAAAACUGACUUAUAAAAUAAGCAAAUAUCCAAGACUACUAGACAAAGGAGGAGUUGACAAGGAAAUCGCAAAGGCUUUCUCCGUCUGGUCAGACUACACGGACUUAACAUUUACACCCAAAAAAUCAGGCCAAGUGCACAUAGAAAUAAGAUUCGAGCGAGGAGAACAUGGAGACGGUGAUCCCUUCGAUGGUCCUGGUGGAACACUGGCCCAUGCAUAUUUCCCUGUUUACGGCGGUGAUGCUCAUUUUGACGAUUCAGAACACUGGUCUAUUCAGAGUUAUCGUGGAACAAACCUCUUCCAGGUGGCAGCGCACGAAUUCGGACAUUCACUUGGCUUGAGUCACAGUGACAUUAAGUCUGCACUAAUGGCACCAUUUUAUCGAGGAUAUGACCCUAACUUUAUGCUAGACAGUGACGAUAUUCAAGGAAUACAAGCUCUGUAUGGCUCUAAAUCGGCAGACGGAGAUGCAGGAACUACCUACAACCACCGAACUACAAUAGCACCUCCGGGCGAAGAAGAUCCUUUAUUAUGUUCAGACCCUAAAGUCGAUGCGAUGUUCAAUUCUGCCGAAGGUCACACGUAUGCUUUUAAAGGACAAUACUAUUGGAAGUUAACAACAGACGGAAUUGCUAGCGGUUACCCGAAACUCAUCAGUUCCUCUUGGAAAGGCUUACCAGUAAAUAUAGAUGCUGCCUUUACCUAUAAGAAUGGUAAAACUUACUUUUUCAAGGGCUCGAAGUACUGGCGAUAUAUUGGCAAAAAAAUGGAUGGCGAUUAUCCCAAAGACAUCAGCGAAGGUUUCACAGGAAUUCCAGAUAAUAUUGACGCAGCCACUGUUUGGACCGGAAACGGCAAGAUAUAUUUCUACAAGGGUACCAAGUUCUGGAGGUUCGACCCUGCCCAAAAACCACCCGUGAAGAGUACAUAUCCAAAAUUGAUAUCAAAUUGGGAAGGGCUGCCAGAUAAUGUGGAUACUGCUCUGACAUACCACGGAUACACAUAUUUCUUCAAAGGAGACGCGUAUUAUAGAUUCAAUGAUAGGACGUUCGCUGUAGACGCUGCUGAUCCAGCUUUUCCAAGAGCGACUGCUUAUUGGUGGUUUGGCUGUAGAGGAGCUAGCCGAGGAACGCUAGGUAAUAUUCAAUGGAAAAAUAAAGAUGAUGUAUCUAUUUAUUCUGGAAACCUUGAGGAGGUCUCUAUGAAUUUUCCAGGCGGCGACGCUAUCGAUAGUUACGAUGACGUUGAUGACAUCAUUUUAGACACAGCCCUGCAUCCCGGGGCUCCGAGUGUACUUUCCGACACUGCUAACAAACGAAACAAUAAAGCCAAAUUUGUCUUCACGGGCAUCAUGAUUUAGCGUCGAUUGAUCUCUCUCUUUCUAUCAUCGCUUGUCUCUUUUCAAAUGGACGAGUUAUUUUGGCAACAGAUAGACGAAGAUUGACGAAGAUCAUCAAAACAAUCACGAGUGCCACCGAGCGCUGCCGGACGCCGGUUGCUGUCGAUUCGGAACCCAGUUCUAACACGAGAUCGCGAUUCGUUUCUUGUGAUCGCUUUUUUUUAGAUGCUUUCGUGUUCAAUAUCGGCAUUCGCUUCGCAAUAGCAGCCUUCGGAAUCCUGUUCCUUGGCAUCCUCUGGGUGCUUCGCUCCAACCAAAGGUGCCUGGUGUCCUCAACGUGCCUCUGUGAUCUCAGGUGAAGGAUAUAAAGGUUACAGGUCAUGGUGACUAGAGGAGACCAGAAACUUUCCCCACGGACAGUAAAUUCCAGGCCAGUGCCAUUCCUUCAAAAAUGAAAAAAAAGUUCCAAACAACAGCCGACUCAAAUGAUGUCAGGGGUUCAUAAUUUUGCACCUGGCGACAUCUUACAAAAGAGAUCACAAGAAUUAACGCCCAAAGACACACCUUCGUGCGACGAAUCCCCUAUUGAAACAUAAUUUUAAUUCUCAUGGUACGAUAUAUAUGAAACCACAGGAGACACUGAUGAGCAGCUCGUGACGAAAUCAGAUCAAGACUCAGCAGAUUCCGCGGCAGAAUGUAUUUUCGACAGUAGAGGAAUCACCUACCAUUUUUUUCUUAGCUUAGCGGCACUUCUAAUGAGCCUCAGAUUCUUCAUUUUCACGUACUAAAAAAUGCUGAUACAAGUUGUAACUACGGAGAAUAACUUCAUCCCUUAUGAAGAAAGAAGUUCCGCUGUCACGGAACUCAGAAUUAAAACCGGUCUUCUUCUAAUCAUCGAAUUAAGCAUUUCCUAUUAGAGUAGGGCUAUCGUGUAAGCUUAGAUUAGUUAUUGCUACGCAAAACUGAUGAAACUAUUUCUAAACUAUGCGCAAGAAGAAUUACUAUCGCUAUUAAAAUUUCGAAAAACAGAUCAGCAAGGUUGAUCAGUUUAUCACAUAAUAACUUGCUGAUUUCAAUUUAUACGUUGGGAUCUAUCAACGAUAAAAAACUUAAACCAUAAAUAUAAAAGAUACAUCUUAUAUUAAUAUGAUUUGAGAAUCACUGCUGUUAGUCGAAAGAAAAUCAGAAAGGGGUGCCACUUUUUCAUUUUUGCCAGCUGUACUAUAGAGAGGUUUUAUUAUAUUCAAGGAGCAACACCGAUGCGAUUAUUUUAAGUUAAAUUAUAAUUUUUUAGUAGAUACAUUUAUUUGAAAUGUAGAUUUCUAUGAAUCAGGUUAGUUCAAACAAGUUUCCAUAAAACAUCCACAGAGCGGGCGAAACCAUAAGCUUUGCUAUUUUUCAUUAUUAUCAUAAGAAAUUAUUAUAAUGGUACAAUAAUCAUUCAAGAAGAAAUUGUAUGGCGUGUAACCAAAGUUUUUUGAUAUUCCAAUAUUAUUUUAAAGCAGGUAAUUAUUUGUUAGCUUCUAAAAGGCAUAGAAUUCGAGUCAAAAUGAACAUUUUGCAGUGUACGUGUUUCUCGAAUAUUUAAAUGUUUAGCAAUAGAAUACCGAACUAUUGUAAAAACGCAUAUCUUUUAAUUAUCUAGAAAUCAGAGUAUUAUUACACUCUUAAGUAUUGGUUAAAACCUUUACACUGCCGCUCGAAUGAAUUGCGACUCACUAAAAUAAAUCUAAACAAAAUAUAUACUAUGAAAUAAAUACUCAAGAAAGUAUACUCUAAAAAUAUAUAUCUUAAUAGAAGUGUUCAUCGUUCAAAAGGAAGAAACUACUGUAACUUAGAAGACUUGAGCCAAAGGGGUGUAAAUGAUUACUUUCAGUUAAUAAUGAAAAUCAAAAGUACAGAUAAAUAAUUAUAUAUGCAGAGCUCCCAAAAUUUUGCCCGGAUGCUACUUUAUAUGCAUUGUAUCUCAGUGGGCACAAAGGUUAAAGAACGUUCCAAUUAAUUAAUUACUUAUUAAUUAAAGGACGUUCCAAUUACGUUCUUAAAUUUCGUGACCACUGGGAUAGUCCUAAUCAGUGGUUCGGAAGUCGGCUCUAGAAGAAGUAUGAUGUUUCUACUAGAGUCAAUUGACCGAAUCAAUAUAAUGUUGCAUAAAGCAUACGAAGUUUGACAAGGGCUCCAUUUUAGGAGCACUCAAUAUAUGCCUAAAAAUGUUUCACGUUUCCUUUACAAGGACUAAACAAUAUUUUUACACGUAAAUAUAAAGUAGAAGUUUUUAAUCCAUGUUGUUCUGUAGAACUUUUUAUGAUAACUUAAAAUUCAAAUCAUGGAGAUUUAUGAAAAUGUCACUUACACCCCAUUGAUUAGACCUCAUCAAUUUUUAUCGAAUUAGAGAAGGAUAUUGGAUGAGCAAAAUAGGUGUUUGCCAAAGUCAUUAUUGCCUUGGUCACAAGUGCCUUAGAUAUAUUAUUUUUGUAAUGUGUAAUAUGAUGUAGUAUACUUGCCGAAACAGCUGUGACAUCUUCCAAUAAAAUGUACACAUAAUAGAA